GCCAUAUUAUUACUUUGUUUACCAUAACAUCGUUCAUUCUUGAUAUAUUGUUGAAUUUGUAAAAAAAAAAAUUUGUAUUCUUAGCUUUUGACCUGUAAUUUUAUGCAAAGAAAUAAUGCCAAAAGAAAGACUAAGUUCAGAUUAUAGUCGAUUUUCCAAAGCAGAACUAAGUUUUUCAUAUUUACACACAAACUCUACAACGCACGAGUUCCUCUUUGGUGCCCUUGCUGAAAUCGUGGACAAUGCAAGAGAUGCCGGAGCAAAGUAUUUAAAUAUCGAUGUCGAGAAAAAUGACCAUUUAAGAGGAGGUAACAUUAUCUGGUUUAUAGAUGAUGGUCAGGGAAUCGGUCCUACAGAAGUUUCCGAUGUUAUUAAAUUUGGAAGAUCUUCAAAGCGAUUACAUAAUUUAGAUUCAAUAGGAAUGUACGGAAACGGACUCAAGAGUGGAUCUAUGAGAAUUGCAAACGAUGUAAUUCUCUUAACAAAGAAAGAUGAUACUUAUUCAGUCAUAUUAUUAUCAAGAACGUUUCUCGAAAACGAAGGACUAAAUGAGAUUGUUGUCGCUAUGCCUCAAUUCCAAGUUGAUAGUUUCAGACCCUACAUUCCUCCAUCGAAAUCUAUAGACGUACACAAUCACGAAGUUGGCGUUGUACUUCGUUACUCUCCUUGGAAAACUUUAAAAGACAUUGAAAAACAAUUUCACAAAAUAAAAGGCAUUUCAGGAACGGCUGUAGCAAUUUACAAUUUGAAAUUACUUAACAAUGGGGACACAGAACUUGAUUUUAAAGCUGUAAACAAUGAUAUCUUAAUAUCAUCAGGAAAUUCUUGGACAGAAAGUCAAACUGACAACAUUGAUAAAGAAGAAUUGCUGCGAUUUAGGGUUAAAGCCUUAAAGGAUUUAGAAUCAGCGCAAAAUGACUUGAAAUGUAUCGAAAAUUUAUUGCGUGAGAUCAAUAGUAAAAUAUCCGAUUUAAAUAAAAAAACAGAUAAAAGUUUAAAGGAAUUGAAUGUUGAAAUCAAUAAGGAAAAACUUAGAGCAUCUCAGGUGGCUGACGAGGCUAAGGAAAAGCGAAUUAUCUGUCAGAAUUUAGAGAAAGCAGUGAGACAAACAAAAGUAAUAUCUUUUAUCUACGGUAUGAAGAUUGAAAAUCGAUAUCAAGAUGGGAUUUUUAUAUAUAAUUGUGGCAGACUUAUCAAAAUGUAUCAGAAAUAUAGACCCCAAAGCGAAUUAUCAUUACAUUACGGAGGUAUUGUCGGAAUAGUUGAUAUACCUUAUCAAAUACUGGAACCAACUCACAAUAAACAAGACUUUGCGGAUGCUAAGGAGUUUAAAAUGCUUCAGAAAGCGCUUUCUGACGGAUUGAUUCAAUAUUAUAAAGACAUGAAUUUUGAUACUAACGAUAUAGAAGAUUUCUGGAUCUCGUUUGGAUAUAAAAGAAAUAAGCAAAGCUGGACCAUUGCUCCCGAUCCAAAUUUAGCUAAAAAAAGAUGUCUAUCAGUACCUAAAAGAAUACAAUGCCACGAUUGUUUCAAAUGGCGAAUUAUCCCUUAUGGAAAGUUUGACGACGUUAGGGACGAUUGGAGAUGUAGAAAUCAUUCAAAUAAGCAGCUGGCAAAUUGUAAUAAAAAAGAUGAUCCUCCCGCAAUUGUUAAUGGCGGCAAUCUAAAAAAGCAACGAAUUCCAACGUUUGACGAAAUAGAGGAGGACUACCGUCGUCAUCAACGAAAGUUAGCUGAAGAAAAUUCACAUACGGACAUGAUACUCUCUGAUAAGAGGGAGCAAUGCUUCGAAAGAAUAUCUAGAAUUCGUCAUCAUUCGUCAGAGAACGACAAAGAAGAUUUAGUCAAUUCAAAUAAAUUGAACAAAUUAAUUCCAAAGAGAAGAGGAGACAGACAACAGUAUCACGAUAUGGAUAGUUUUUCUGCCACAAAGAAAAGGAAAACAAAAAGUUCGAGUAUAGAAGAUGCAGAGGUUGAUGUGGUCUCUGGCGAAGUUGAUGAUGAUACAUCUGAAAACACGAAACUAGCUUCUAAUUUUAAAAAAUGUUUAGAAUACUUUCGACCUCCCAAAUGGAAUCAGAGUGCUGAAGAUAUAAAACGGUUAACUGUACAAGAUUUAAUUCGUUUCCCUCAUAAAGAAUUCAUUCAAACGUAUGACAAAUCAUUAAAGAAAAAAUUCGAAGACAUGAGAUUAGAAAGAGAUACAACAAAUAACAUAUUUCUCUCUCUCAUUAAUUCAGUCAAAGACUUUUUAAGGGUUUUAUGCAAUGACGACGAACAUUUCGCAAGACUUACAAAUGGAAUAGAAAACUAUUCGAAUGAACAAUUAGGAAGACAUUAUAUGAGCUUAUUAGAACAAUAUCAACAACAAAUACAAGUUAAGCAUGAAUGA